GUUGUCAGAAAGCAUCAUUGGUAGAUGCUAAAAUUAGUGGUAAAAGUAUGAUAAGAAGCAGGAUAUUUGCAUAGUUUCAAAGUACCUCCCCACAAGAUGCUUAUUACAAAAGAAUAAAUAGUAAUUUCAUGGUGGAAAAACCUGGCAGACACUACCUUACCAAGUGAUCAAAGUUAACAUUGCCAGUAAUGAGCCAUAUUAAAAUCAGGUACAUCUGGUAUCAUGCGCUGAGAGGGACACAUCACUUCUCUGGUGUUCCUGCCCAAAAUGCAUAGCCUCAAUCUAAUCAUGAAGAAGCAUCAGACCAAAAUUUAGGGGCAUUCUACAGUUCUCUUCAGAACUGUCAGGUCAUGAAAGAUAAAGCAAGACUGAGGAACUGUCUCAGAAUGGAGAGACCAAGGAGACACAACAACAAAAUGCAGGGUGGGGUUCUGCUUCAGAUCCUGGACCAGAGAAGGGACAUUAGUGGGACAAUUGGUGACAUUCGAAUAAGGUCUGCAGAGUAGUUAAUUGUGCUGUGUCAUGGUUCAGAUCGUUGUAUUGUGGUUCUGUAAGAUGUUAACGGGAAUUCUGUGCACAAUUUUUUCAAGUCUAAAAAUUAUUUUUAAAUUAAAAAAGUUUAAAAAGGGGGUGAGGAAGGAGCCCAGGUUCUAGAACUUAGUUGUUCCCCAAGAUGGAAGCAGGACUCUUUGCCUUAUUCUCCCUAUUGGUAACUAGCAUUUGGCCUGGAGAGACUUGGAGACCCACCCACUAGGAAGGUCCCCUGCUUCCCUCUGUGGGAGUGAGAACCCAUCACAGGCUUGGCCUCCUGUGGCCUGUCGAUGCCAGAGAAAGGCAAAUGUCUGCCUUUGUCCACCUCUCUGGGGACCUUCAGUUCUCAUGCCUGUCUGAGGGAGGCACCAUCCCCACACCCCCAAAAGAUCUGAAAACCACGGCUCAGAGAGGUGAAGCCACCAUCUCUAGGUCACACAGCAGGUACAUAGCCAGAUUCAAGCCCAGCUCUGUGUAACCCAAUUGCCAGUGCCUGUAACCACCUGACAUUAUUCUAUUACUGCUCAAUUCAGGUAGGGGCAACGAGCAUUCACCAAGCAACUACUGUGUGUCAGGCUGGCAGUGGGGCUGGAGGUGAAGGUGGCUGAGACAUUGACCCUGGACCACAGGUGCCAUCCUGGCGGAGAGGAACCCUCAUACUGCCAAGCAUAUGGCAGGCAGUGUGUCGCACACACAUAUUCGUUCAUUCAGUCUGCUCUUGCCUGGCCCUGGACUCAGGCUGGUGGGUCAGAUAUGGUCCUUGCCCUGGGAGCUCGUGACCCAGGAGCGGAGCAGACAAGUGAACAGACAGCUAGCUAUGCGGAAAGUCAUGCCAUGAUGGGAGUGGCAGGGGGAGUAGGGAAAGGGAAAGAGGGAAUAUGGUCUAGAAAGUCUAGGAGAUGAGAAUAUCCCUGACACUGUGGGUGGAACAGACACAGCACUGCUUGGAGGGAGUUAGGGUCAGAGAAGGAGGGUUGGGGGUGAAUGAGGGAGUGGGUAGAAUCCUGCUGGGGAGGUAUCCAGGACCAAUGAAGCUGGAGGCUGGGAAGGCCACCUAGAUAGGGGACAGGGUAAGCGAAAGCCUGGAAGUCUGGACUGAGACAGUUCAUGUUCUUGGCCCAGCUGCAGGGGAAUCGUUCCAGAGAAGUAUGGUUGGGGACACAUGUUUUCCAAAGUAAUUAGAACCUCUCUUUGGGGGAGAUGUUCUUUCAUGGGGGCAGUCAUUUGAGCUUGACUCAUCUUCAGUGAGGGAAACAGCUUGUGGCUGUGCAGCUGAGGUGGGUCUGGGGCAGGCGCAAAGAGGUACUUUGUUCCAGCCGGAAGGCAGGAUGUGUGCAGGAAGCUGUCCAGGGAGGGGAAGAGCUUAUGAAGGAUCACUCCCUCUGCACUUCACUGAGGAAGAAGGACCCAGGCGCUACUGCUCUCCUCCUGGGUGCGAGGUGGACAUCCCUAGGCAAGUGGAGCUGGCUCUGCCUCCUCUCUAUCUAGUUGUCCGGAUUCCCUAGAGGUUCUACUCCAGAGCUUCAUUCGGGAUUGCCUUACUAUCUGUGAAGAUGUGAAUAACUGACACUGCAAUCCAUUCCUCUCAAGGUGUUUCUGGAGCUCCAGCACUGGAUGUGUCCUCCCGCCAUGGCCGCCACCGCCUCUCCUCUGCCACCCAGCACCAAGGUGGCCAGUUCUGAGAACAGCAGCUCCUUCUAUGACUAUGAGUACUUCCUGGGCGACGUGGCCUUCAUGCUCUGCAGGAAGGACGAGGUGCUGUCGUUUGGCAGAGUCUUUCUGCCACUCUUCUAUGGCCUGAUCUUUGUGCUGGGCCUGAGCGGGAACCUCCUUCUCCUAGUGGUCUUGCUCCGGUAUGUGCCUCGAAGGCGGAUGACCGAGAUCUAUCUGCUGAACCUGGCCAUCUCCAACCUCCUGUUUCUGGUGACGCUGCCCUUUUGGGGCAUCUCUGUGGCCUGGCAUUGGGUCUUUGGGAGUUUCUUAUGCAAGGUGGUGAGCACCCUCUACACCAUUAACUUCUACAGUGGCAUCUUCUUCAUUAGCUGCAUGAGCCUCGACAAGUACCUGGAGAUUGUCUGCGCUCAGCCCCACCACCGGCUGAGGACCCGGGCCAAGAGCCUGCUCCUCGCAGCUGCCGUGUGGGCUGUGGCCCUGGCUGUCUCCAUCCCCGACAUGGUCUUUGUGAGGACGCAGGAAAACGCCCCAGGCGUGUGGGACUGCUUUGCGGAUUUUGGGGGGCACGGGACCAUCUGGAAGCUCUUCCUCCGCUUCCAGCAGAACCUCCUGGGGUUUCUCCUCCCCCUGCUUGCCAUGAUCUUCUUCUAUUCCCGCAUUGGCUCCGUCCUGGCCAGGCUGAGGCCCCCAGGUCAGAGCCGGGCUCUGAGGAUGGCCAUAGGCCUGGUGGUGGCCUUCUUUGUGCUGUGGUUCCCGUACAACGUCACCUUGUUUCUGCACUCGCUGCUGGACCUGCAAGUCUUUGGGGACUGCAAGGUCAGCCAGCACCUGGACUAUGCGCUGCAGGUGACAGAGAGCAUCGCCUUCCUCCACUGCUGCUUCACCCCCGUCCUCUAUGCGUUUUCCAGCCGCCGCUUCCGCCAGUACCUCAAGGCUUUCCUGGCCACUGUGCUCAGACGACACCAGGCUCCUUACCUUGCCCAGGCCCCACCGUCCAGCUAUUCUGAGAGUAGUAGGCUCAGUGGCCAAGAAGAUAUAACUGGCAUGAAUGACCUCGGGGAGAGGCAGGCUGAGGACUCCCCCAACAAGGGGGACACAAGGAAAAAUUCAGCCUGAGUGACCACACCACAGUCCAUGAGAGCAGAUGGGACCCAGCUCAGCUGUGCAUCCACCAAAGUCCUCCCUUCAGAGGUCUCAGUGACCAUGUUGCUAAACCAGUCAGUUCUUGGUCCUCAGCCAUCAGCAGUGUUCACUGUCUCCUGUCUUCUCCCUCCUCUUUCUCCACUGCCUUCCAGGACUCCAUACUCGCUGGCCUGAAUGGCUGCUGUAGUUUCCCAGCUGACCUCUGUGCUUCCUAUCCUCGUGCUCUCAUCCAGUCUACACCCAGCAACCAGAGUAACCACAACACCCUCAGCCAUCUCUCCCAUCCCCCUCAGAGUAGCCCGAGGCCUGCCACCCACCAGACUUCCGCCUUCCCUGUGGCUCAGCUGGGGGAAUAUUACUGCAAGACUGUUUGCCAUCACAGCCUUGAAGGUGGAUCCAGGGUCUGGCAGUCAGGAGGGGCUGGAGGUGCUCCACACAUGGGAGUCUGCGGGUGGGAGGCAGAGUGAACACGUGUUCCUGGUGGUCCAGGAGCAUCUGCCUCCCUCUGCCUCCCACGCCCCCUCUCAGGAGGCUUCAGGGCUCCCUAGACCCUGCACUAUCAAGUCCAGAACGUUUGUCCAAUUUAAGCCUGGAGCUUUCACAAUUAGAAUCCCAUACACCGUUUCACGCUUGUACUCCUUCACCUCCCUUUUCAUUUCCUGGUUGCCACGCCCAUUGUUCUUUCCUGCAGGUUCCAGUCCUUGCUUUUGCGCUUUCUGGCUCCCUUAUGGAACAGGGAUCAUUUUCCAGCCAGGUAUCCCCUCACCCUUGUCGUGUAACUGAAUCCUACUUGCUCUGGGAAACCACUCCGGGGUCACUCUGCCCUGUGCUUAGGGUGGAGGUUGGGUAGAGCAUGGGUCUUUGAUCAGUGAUGACCUUAUGUUUCCCUGGCACAGUGAUUCAUUUAUGGAUGGACACAUGACCCAGGCAGAGCUUGUGAAAUGUAACGUGACUAGAGCAUGCUAGAACAGAGGCAUGAAACUGAAGCCAAGGGGAUGUGAGGUCUGGAGCUGCUCCUUCAUUGGCUCGAACUUCAGAAGGUGAGGUGACAGCAGUGAGUGAGCAGAUCCUGGGGGCAGCGCUCGAGCCCUAGAAUCAAGGCACGGCUGAAGCUCAUCCCAAGCCUGGACUUGACAGUGACACGAACCAAUAAAUUCUUUUCCAGUU